AUGGAUUUGCCUUCAACCUACUCCGAAGCCCAGCCUCCCUAUUUCAAUCAUUCCAGUCAUUCAAGCAAGGAGAAAGUGCCGUCCCUCAUCCUGGGUGGCACUUACUCGUCGAAAAAAUCCGCCACUGCUAUUUUGGGGUACACCAUGAACGAGCAAACUAGAAUUGCAGGAGCAGUGCCAGAGUCAUUUAGCACCACCGCCGCCGUCCCCAAGAGAAGCAGCGACACCAGGAAGAUCAAUCGUUUGAUCAGGUACAUGGAUGAGCCAACGCGCAGGGCACUUCUAGAACAAGACGAAUGGGCCUCCGAUGUGAAGCCAAACAGCGUGGUCUGUAAUGGUUGUAAAAAGACGUUUGUUUUGGACAGCCGAUUUCGAUAUUACCCCGCUUUCUGGUGGAAGCAUCGCGAUAGGUACUGCAAGGUGAUCAGGCGGCUUAGGGGCGAGAGUACUUCGGUCCCUAUUCAGGAAUUUUGGAGCAAACCCCGAGGAGCGCGACGUCUGAUGAGGAGGUCGAAAAAUACAAGAAAAUCCAUGUCGACUUCGAGUGUUGCAUCCGCUGCGAAAUCCCAGGAGUUGGAAGGUCCGACUCGUUCGAGCCACCAGGAACCCACAGUCCGCGCCCCACUCAAGUCAUCCGAGAUAUACGAUGCAUGGAAAUCGAGUCUAAGGAGCGCCUGCCAGAAACAAUAUCUCCAACUGGCGAUUGAGCAUAAGCUAGAGAGAGCACAUGUGCCAUUUGCCUCGAUGGCUUCAGGAAUUGGUUGA